AUGCAACAAUGUAUCUCAUCUCAUAUGGAUAUGUCUGAUAUUGUUUUGUUCAUUGAUAUGAUUUCCAUCCCAAAAAUAUGCUUUAAAUCAUCCAAUAAAUGGCCUUCAAAAAACAACACGAUAACGAAUUUGAGAGGCAGUGUGAUACAUAUUCGCUCACAGAAUCGUAUUAAUAGUAAAGGAAUAACUUUAAAGUAUUUACAAAGACAGAUGACAAUCGAUGGAUGGACUUUCUUCAAAGGAGUUACUUACCUAUUUCGCAUAAAUAAUGAUGAAGAUGAAUGGGUGUAUGAUGAAGAACCACAUGUGGCUAGAAGAAAGGAAAUAUUAGCCAAAUAUCCAGAAAUUAAAGCAUUAAUGGGACCAGAUAUUAAACUUGCCUAUAUGAGUUCAGCAGAAGUUCUUAUACAACUGAUAAUGACUGUUCUAAUAUCAUAUUAUCAACCAUCAUGGUUCACAUGGUUAAUAUUAACUUAUGCAAUCAGUGGAACAAUUAAUCAUUCACUUGGUUGUGCUAUACACGAAGUUGGGCAUAAUUUAGUCUUUGGACAUAAGUACAGUAAAGCGAAUCGUGUAUAUUCAAUAUUUAUUAAUUUACCAAUGGGCUUACCAAUUGCUAUAUCAUAUAAAAAAUAUCAUCAAGCACAUCAUAGAUGGUUAGGUCAUGAAGACGGGGAUGCAGAUAUGCCAUUACGUCUUGAAGCCAGACUAUUUACCCAUCCAAUUAGUCGACUUAUAUGGAUUAUUAUACAUCCAGCAUUUUAUGCAUUUCGUCCAUUUAUCAAACAUCCAUUACCGUUGACAGUAUGGGAGAUUAUAAACUUUUUUGUACAAAUUACAUUCAAUAUAAUUGUAUGGUAUUAUUUAGGUAUAUGGUCAUUAGGCUAUUUAAUUAUUGGUACACUACUUGGAUUAGGAUUGCAUCCACUGUCUGGACAUUUUAUUAGUGAACACUAUCUAUUUGCUGAUAAUCAAGCAACGCAUUCAUACUAUGGAAGUGGUAAUUAUUUAAUGUAUAACUUGGGAUAUCAUGUUGAACAUCAUGAUUUUCCGUAUAUUGCGUAUACACGUUUACCGAAGUUGAAAGAGAUCGCCGCGGAGUACUAUGAUCAUUUACCGUAUCAUACAUCGUUGUGUAAAGUUCUAUGGGAUUUUGUAUUCGCUCCAAACAAUGGUCCACAAGCGCAUUGUGUCAAUUCUCAAGAUCUAUCAAAACCAGAAAUCUAUAAGAACAUUAACAACAACAACAGCAACAAUACCAACUUAUCAAGUAACUUAUUGAAAUGUACUCACGCAGCUUUAUCGAAAUCAUCGUCAUCAUCGUCAUCGAAAGUUGAAAAUGGGAUAAAGAGAAAGUCUGCGUAAUGUUUUGAUUUAGCACGUCGAACUCCUCCCAUCUGUGUCUCUUUCUCUCCGUGUCCAUGUUAUCCACCCG